GGCGCUUUUAGUUGGAAAUGCGAGCGCGACUCGGCCGCAGUCUCCGUUCUCCAGCCUCCGAUCUUCAACCUUCGGUCUCCGGUCUCUGGUUCGCCGUUCUCCGGCUCUCCAUUCUCGGUUUAAGUUACGUCCCGUUCGGUUCGCCAAACUGCGUUGCGCGAAAAAUUGCGUUUAAUUAAAGUAUAAAGGCCAGCGAGCUCCUCAAUUACGGCUGCUCGUGGGAUGAGUCGCCAUAGCCAGCUGAAGCUAGCGAUGCCCUCGGUGCACGAGGCUCCGUCUAAGGUUCCUGGCUCGCCUUCGUCCUCCAAAUCCAGGAGCGUUAAACUGGGUCUUGGUGUUAAUCAGAGGACAGGUCGGGUACAAUGGUGUCCGGGCCUGACAUGCUGCAAAUUGCUUCUACUUCUUCCAGUGGUUAUGCUGCCACUGACCCUGGUGCUCAUCCUGAUCAUGCGGCUGGACGGGAUGCUGGCUGCGCUGAAACUGAACGAGCAAAGGAUGCGAGAACACCAAGAAGGGGUUCCUGCUUAUAUGGAUGAUUAUGAAGCCCUUCUGCCGGAGGGCAGCACCUAUAAUGAACUGAUCAACGAGGAGUUCCUCCUGCCGGCGAGCAAGAGGGCCCAACUGCAACUCCAGGCCGCAGAAAGGGCGCGUCGCUGUCAGCCAUAUCGAUACGGAAAUGGAGAGUCAUUGGAGCUGGAGGAGCGCAACACCCUGAUGAAAGAUUCCCGUACGUCCUUCCUUCCCCUGGGCAUUCCACGCGAGUGCUUCGGCAGCGGUAUUGACCUGGACAUCAAACCGCUGGACGAAGAAGUCUACCAGCGACAAAAGAAGCGCUACGAGGAUAUUGCUCCCUACUGGCUAGAGAGGAGUAGGACACGGGAGCGGCGUGAGGCUGAACGACAUGCAGAAGAGACGAAUUCCGAGAUCAGUGAAGCCACCGCUGCCCUGCAGAGCUUUUGGAACGAAGAGGGCACACGGGAUGGCAUUCGAAUGACCCAAGCCAAGACCAUGAAGCGCUACAUGGACAACAAAGUGGAUCCCUGCGUGGAUUUCUACAAGUACGCCUGCGGUAACUGGGAACGAUUGCACCCGAUACCCAAGGAUAAAGCCGGCUUCGACACCUUCGAAAUGCUGCGCGAGAGUUUGGACUUGGUGCUGAGAAAUCUCUUGGAGAAGACUACACCUCGCCAUCCCGCUGGUGAAUUACGAAAGAGUCCGGUGCGGAAUACUCUUUUCAAACUAAAUGAACAAGGCGAAGGUGAAGGAGAAGCUGACCAGGCGGCGGAACUUACGGCGGAACGUCUCCGACGGCACAUCGUCAGCAAGAGGCAGUUGCUCAAUCGUGUCCUGGUGCGCUACAAAAGGUACACAAAUGGAACUAAAAGGAAACGCCUCAUCGAAGCACCACGUGAGAAGACCAAAGAGGAAGAAGCUGCUCUACCAGCCGUUCUGCCAAAAGAUAAGUCCAAGGACAAAGCGGAUAUCGAAGAGCAUCUGCAUGCCCAUACAGAUUUUCUGAAGAACGAAAAUAACGCCCAACUGAAGGCCAAGAACCUGUACCGCUCCUGUGUAAAUAGUGCAGUUCUAGCUAAGCGGGGAUUGGAACCUCUGCACACGCUCAUCCGGGAACUGGGCGGCUGGCCUGUCUUGGAGCCACAAUGGAGUGAUUCCCACUUCAACUGGCAGGUGCUGGCUGCCACUUUAAGGCGCUAUAACAAUGACAUCCUAAUCGUUCAGUGGGUGGGCGCCGACAUUAAGAACUCCGAGGAAAACAUUGUACAAUUUGAUCAGACGGGUCUUGGACUGCCCACCAGGGAGUACUUCCUUCAGCCAAGUAACGCCAAAUAUCUGCAGGCCUACCAGCGCUACAUGUCCGAAGUGAUGCACAAGAUGGGCGCCUCCAGGGCGGACGCCCAACGGGUGGCCAGCGAGCUGGUGGCAUUUGAGACUCUACUGGCGGGGAUUACGGCGCCAGCAGAGCAGCGACUCAACGUGACCAAGCUCUACAAACGCAUGACUCUGGAACAGCUGCAGGCGGUGGUGCCAGAGAUCAAGUGGCGUGCUUAUCUCCAGAGCCUGCAGGAGCGCGAGGUCCUGGGCUCCGAGGAGGUGGUUAUAUACGCGGUGGAAUACAUGAGCAAGCUGGUGACUCUUUUAGAUGAGACCGAUCCCCGAACGGUGGCCAAUUACAUGAUGUGGCGUUUUGUGCGACAUCGGAUUAACAAUGUAGACGAUCGAUUCGAUGACAUUAAACAGCACUUUUAUCAUGCACUUUUUGGCCGGGAAGAGAGUCCCCAGCGGUGGAAGGUGUGCAUUGCCCAAGUAAACACCAAUAUGGGCAUGGCCGUGGGCUCCAUGUUUGUCACCCGAUACUUCGACAACAAUAGCAAGCGGGACACCUUGAGCAUGACCCACGAUCUGCAGCAAGCCUUCCGAGAUAUCCUGAAAACCACUGAUUGGCUGGACGACACCACCAAGCAAUUGGCAGAGGAGAAGGUCAACGCUAUGUCCCUUAAGAUCGGCUACCCAGACUUUAUUCUCAAUCCCGGUGAGCUGAAUAGCAAAUACGCGGGCAUUGAAAUUCAUCCGGACAAGUACUUCGAGAACACACUGAACGUACUCCUACACACGGCCAAAACGGAGCAGGCCAAGUUGCACGAGAGGGUCAACAAGACCAACUGGCAAACAGCUCCUGCCAUCGUUAAUGCCUAUUAUAGUCGCAACAAGAACCAGAUCAUGUUCCCAGCCGGUAUCCUGCAGCCGCCCUUCUACCACCGCCACUUUCCCAAAUCGCUGAACUUUGGCGGCAUUGGUGUUGUCAUAGGCCAUGAACUGACCCACGGUUUCGAUGACAAGGGAAGGCUCUUCGAUCGGAAUGGCAACAUUCACAAGUGGUGGACUGACUCCUCUAUCCGAGGAUUCGAUGAGAGAGCCCGCUGCAUUAUCGCCCAGUACAGCAACUACACUGUGGAGGAGGUGGGCAUUGUCCUGAAUGGAGAGAGUACGCAGGGUGAGAAUAUAGCGGACAAUGGAGGAUUGCGCCAGGCCUUCCACGCCUACCAGCGCUGGCUGGAGGAGCAUCCCAACGAAGUCCAAGACGAGAUCCUACCUGGUCUUAAUAUGACAGGGCCGCAGCUGUUCUUCCUCAAUUUCGGCCAGGUGUGGUGCGGAGCGAUGCGACCGGAAGCCAUACGGAAUAAGCUAAACACAGCCAUUCAUAGUCCAGGUCGCUUCCGGGUGAUUGGAACGCUAUCGAACUCUUUUGACUUUGCGCGAGAGUUCAAUUGUCCCCUGGGAUCCCCCAUGAAUCCCCACAAGAAGUGCAGCGUUUGGUAGUUCCCGAGACUACUUCUAUAGCCUAAGAGUAUUAAACAUGUCGUAUGCCACGCAGUCCUAGAAACCAAAGACCGAAGGCAGGCCAGUUGAGUUCAAUUUACGGAAAAAUCAAGCUGGAUAUUCCCAAAGAUAUGCCGCGGAUCGAAGUGGAUUUAUUGACUACCAUCACAACAAAGAUAAUGUGCCAAAAAUUAACUUUCAAAUCUCUAUAUAUUUUUUAGCCUUUAACUAUUUAUAUUUUUAACGUGCAAUAGUUUAGUUUACGAUGCAAUUUAUGUUUGUGAUAAUUUUAAUUAAAUGUACGAGUAUAUUAUUAAACAAGAUGACUUUUAAUG